GUGGGUUCCAACUCAUUAACAGCUUCAGAAAAAGAAGAAACCGUGGGGUGCCCCUUUUGUGAGCGCACGGCUCAGGAGAGCAACUUGUACACAACGCCAGUCAGUUCCCAAAACAAUUCACGCGGAUCAAUACAUGGGCAGUGCGUGACGGUGAUAAGCAGCUGCUAGGUUACAGCACGCGGGCGUUUGAACCCAAGUCUCUCGCCCGCCGCGGGCGGGGGGGCACUGUUGUGACAGGUGAAAGUAGCCCGGAAGUAAAGCGACGGCAAAGAUACGAGUCUCGAGCAGUACAAUUGACUCCCCCUCCAGUCUGCAAGAUAGCCUGUCUCCGCCCGAGGUUUGAACCCCGUACCUUCGACUGCUGACAGACAUCAAAUAAUUACUGCAAUCCCCAAACUGCAGUGGCGUAGGUGUGUCAACAUUGAAAGCAAAAUGGGAACGUAAUCCAGAAUAAUCCCUCCUCUUCUGGCAGAACGAGACGCCACUGUUGUGAACGCCAUUUCAGCAACAUUCGAAGCCAUCGGCACGUAAAAAACAACGGGAGGUAUUUCUGCAACGUCUGCUUUAAGUGGAGGAGCUGCUGAUUCAGUGCGUGGCACAGGCAUCGAUAACCAGCGAGGUCUGCCCAAGUAACACCGCACUGUUGACCGGGGCGAAAGAUCGCACCAUGGUGUGGCACAGACGACCGGCGGUGUUCCUACUCCUGCUGGCAGUGACCCUGGCAGACAACGGCGUUCACAUUCGAUCCGAGUACAAGCAACUGGUCACCUCCAGCACCCUGCAGUGGGUGGCAGGAGAGAGCGGGACUUUGCCGCCAAACUCCGUGGUUGGCGCUCACGAGGUGUUGCAAGCAGUCGCCGGCUUAGAGGACGAAGCAGCCACAGACACGACGCGAGAGGUGGUCGUGUGUCGGGCGAGUUCCGACGGGAUGUGGGUAUCUGGUGAGCUUCGCCCGGAACAGAAGUCGUGUAUCGUGGCCUUCCUGGGCGCCAGGAAGAGCUACGAACGCUACCAGGUACUCGAGAACGUGGACGGUGGAUCCAGACUGGCAUGGGUCCCGUGGAAUAAGUUUAACCUCGUCCCGACGGGGGCCGUGGCCUGCGGAGAAGGCGUCGAGACGUUCAUCGCUAGACGCAAAGAUGAAAGUCUUACGGGCGAUCGGUUCUCCCACCACAUCGGGCAACUCGACCCAAAAGUCGGCCUUGGCAAGAUCAGCAUUGUAAACAAGAGUGGCAACGUGCAGGAGUUCUCUGACGGAGAAGUUCUGGUGGAGACCGAGCCCGUGAGAUACGAGCUGACGGGCCUCAAGUUCGACCUCUGGAGGAAGAGGCAGUCCCGGAAACCACGAGUGCUGGCCACAAGCGUGUUGAGCAACGCGGGAUCCACGUUCCCCGUCAACGUGGACUCGGUCCUGGCGUACGACAGCAAAUAUUCUGUGUACUGGGGUCAGGGCAAGGCCAUCCUGAAGGGCCUUCCUACAACAGUAAAGUUCGCCAAUGGCACACUCAUCGAUGAAGUUGAGUGGGGAAUACCACAGACUCAGGAACGCCAAGAGGUCUACAGGGUGGAGUAUAAGCUGGAACCGGGUACCGCCGUCAACGUGACACUACGCGGGAACGACACCGUUUCCGAAAUGCCCUACACAGGGAAACUCGUCUCAGUGUAUAAAGACAAGCAUGCGGAGGUCCGUACCAUCCACGGCAACCGCCAGGAGGAAGCGAUGCUGGAUGUGAGGCCCGAGUUUGGACCCGUGUACUUCAUCACGAACAACACGCUCGUCCCGACUACUUUUAUCUCGACCACCACGACCACGACGACGACCACGACCACGACGACGACAACGGAAGCGCCCGGAACCCUUCCGGCGCAACAGCAGAAGAAACAGAAGAAUCUCUUCGACGAAAACAGCGUCCACGCCGUAAAACCGGGGGACAACCACAGCAUGAUGUCCGAUGACGGUGGCGCACACUCACUCAAGAACAAGCAGGAGAGGGGAUUUACCACUGCAGGCUCUGGAGCUCUGUCCUCCGUGACUUAUCUCGCCACCGGCGUCUUAAUUCUGUUCACGUAUGCGGAGAUCGCCCGGAGGAUAACAUAGAUCAGUUGAUCCUGUCCAGGACCGAGAUCGUUUGUGUUAAUCUGCGUGAAUGGGGGAGUGAGAGGUGUCAGCUCUGUUAUACCUGCAUGAAUGCGUACGUGUGAUUGUUGUACAUACUAUAAGACAAAUAGCUUAAUAUAUUGUGUUUUAAGCCCUUUCAAACAUUCCUGUUCCUUAUCUUGUCCAUCCUGUUCCUACUUGUGGGAACAGGAAUUUGGCCGAACUGUGUAUGUAUAUAUAUAUUAUUAUGUACAUAACUGUAAUAAGAGUGCGGAGUGCUUUUUUCUAAAAUGCGAGAGGUCCAGGUAAUGGAUUGGCCUUUCUUCAAGUGAUACAUUAAUUUACAUGAUGUAGUGCUUUAUAAUUUCAGAGUGGGGAGGAAUCCUGAAACUUGGCCUUGUACACAACCAAUCAAUCUUAAGUCUAGUAGCGUUAGCUUCGUAACAGGGAUGGAUCAUCUGUUCUAUUGACAUUCCACACAAAGCUGAGCGCGUGUGCUCGGCUACAGAAUCGUUUGAUUGACCCAGAGACUGAAUUUUAUGUACAAUGCUUGAAUGAGAAGGGGGGGGGGGAAACAUCGUGAACUCGUCUGACAAUACGCGUGUGUCCUGGAAACGGGGAACACAGCUUCAUGUCAUUUGCAAACUGAUGUACAAUAAUAUUACCUAGCAGAAAAUGUAUCUGAAUCAGAAUUAUAAAAAUAAACUGAAAUGUGAAGUCCCUGGCAGUUUUAAUAAACUACAGCACAACUGAUGGAUGGAAAUGUGAGAUAAAUAUUAUAUUUUGUAACUGUGUAUGAAGGAAAGAGCAAACAUGGCAGUGCCUGUCUUUUCAUAUGUACAGUAUUAAUCAAAUAAAUGCUGCAGGAACA